UCUGUACACCCUCCGAUCCCCGCAACUUGCAACGCACGCCUUUUGUGCUUUUCUCAACAUUCCAGAAGCUUCUUUCCACAAGGGUUUAGAAGAGAAGAUAGCUAAGGUUUUUCGAGUGAAGAAGAAGAAGAAGAAGAAGAAGAAAGAUGACGAGUCGGCAUCCUGAGGUGAAGUGGGCUCAGAGGCUUGACAAGGUUUAUAUCACAGUGCUAUUGCCAGAUGCAAAGAAUGCAAAGGUUAAGCUUGAGCCCGAUGGAAGUUUUAUUUUCUCUGCUAGUGCUGGAGCAGAGAACCACCUUUAUGAACUGAAGUUGGACCUUUUUGAGAAGGUUAAUGUAGAGGAAAGUAAAAUAAAUGUAGGCAUGAGGAGUAUAUUUUGUGUUUUGGAGAAAGCUGAGAUGAAAUGGUGGAAGAAACUAUCACGUGGAGAUGACAAGGUGCCACACUAUGUGAAAGUAGAUUGGGACAAAUGGGUGGAUGAAGAUGAUGAUACCGGUCCUGCUGACUUAGAUUUGGGAGGGAUGGAUUUUUCGAAAUUUGGUGACAUGGGAGGCAUGGGUGAUGACCUUGAUUACAGUGAUGAAGAUGAUGAAAUGGCAAUGCCAGAAGAGCAAGAUGCAGGAGAGGCAGGAGGGGAAGUAAAGCCAGAAAAACAUGAGGCAAGUAAGGUGGAAAAUGCUCCGGAGGGAACAGCUGAAGUUGCACCGAGCAUGUGACCUGUCUUAUAAUUGAAGGUGUCAUUGAAUUAUUAUACCCAUGCUUUUUCCAAACUGACUUGGUGUCAAUUUGGCCCGAUUUUUCAUGGUAUAACUGCCAGAUAUUGCCUUGUGUUGUUGGAGAGUGAAACUAUUUUUCUGAAUAUUGACUUGGAUUUGAUUGUAUCUUAGUUUAAGGGUUUGGUGGAUGAUAAUUCAGUAGUUGGGUAGUAUAUGAAUAAAAAUGUUUGAGACUUCUAAAUGAGGAGUUCUAAAUGAGGAGCUUUGGACUCCAUCUUAUGAUUUGA